AUGCAUCCAGCGCUCAGGUUGCCUGAACUCCUUGGGCAGAUUUUCGGCUACUUAGGCACCUUCGACACGACACCAACACUUCCGUCGAGGGCCCCAUCCGGGACUGUAUCUCCCCGCCGCAACAGUACGCUCGCAGGUCUCGCCCGAACCUGCAAACCGUUCAAGAAGCCUGCUAUUGACGAGUUGUGGGAGGAGGUUACUGCCCUUAGAAUCUACGAGAGCUUGAUACCCCACUUGCUCAUCAAGCGAAAGGAUGAAGGUCUUGACGUGGCCGCUCCGUCAAACUGGAUCGCAGACGUUAUAUCACUAUCCCCUGCCGAACAACGCAAUGUGAUGGAGUACACCACCUCUAUCCGCAAAUUAGAUUUCAAUUGGGUCAAUAGCACAGCUAUAGCGUCUCCAGCCCUCCACGCGUUGUCCUCCUUGCCUGGAGGUGCUGAGGCGACAUUUUCCAGACUAGACCAUGUGCGCGCCAGUUCCUACAUCCCAGAACUGCUUGGCGCAUAUGUGCCGUUUGCUUCGCGCGCUGUGCAUCUCUACCUGCACGGUAUGGAUCUUCACACCGCCUUGGUGGAGUUCAUGGACAAGUUCACCGCCGUGGCCCGUCCCCAAGGCUCAUUUGUACUAGACAUUGAUCUGCGAUACAUGGCUCCGGGAGAACGUCGUCGCAAGGGACAAGAACAUCAGAUGCUACUAAACAGGCUGUCCCAUGCCAUCCUACGUACAGGUCAUCUUCGUACAUUCUCAUGCCCAGAAGUGGACCAAAUAACGCUGCUACACCUAUCAAAGCUCCAGUCUCUCGUCUCUCUUGAGUUUCAAAUUCUUCUUGAUAUUGGCUCGACUCCCAAAUUGGCGUUCCCAUCCCUUGAGUUGCUCAAACUCGAGCCUUUCAAUUUCCUUCAUGCAGUCUUCUUCAUCUCGAAACUGGCUCGCAUUCCGCCCUCCAUCCAGAUACAGUCUUACGAUGAUCCGUUGGCUUACUUGUCCAACCGGCUCUUUGGAGAACUGUCAAUUCAUUCUACGACUAAUAGCCUACAGGUUCUUGUGCUCAAGUGGAACGGAUACGUCGACCAAGACCCUCAUAACAUUGUAGUCACGAUGGAAAUCAUCCAGCCUCUCCUCGUGUUCACACGUUUACGGGUCUUCGAUUGGAUCUUCCCGCACCGCCUCCAGCUUACGGAUACGGAGGUUCACACAAUGUCUUCGGCAUGGCCGUCCAUCGAGCGGCUACGGAUUAGAUCUGCUUUGCACGACUUCACCCCAUCCGCCACGUUCAAUAGCGUGCUUACUGUCGCCCAGCAUUGCCCUCGUCUGGCACGCUUCUCGUUGCCCAUUGAUGUGUCACGCACGGAGGAGUUUCUUGGAGAGGGAUUUUGUAACGAUACCUUGGAGGUGGUCGAGCUAGGAACAUCUGCCGUUGACGCGAGAGGCUUGGCCGUUAUCACCACCGCCUUGGCGCGAACCCUCCCACGGCUGACGUCCACUGAGCUUGGGGUUCCUGUAGGACCUGAAGAUGUUGCCUCUGUAAUAGAUGAAGGCCGGAGAAGGAUUGGUGUGCACGUUCAGAAGGCAGUCGAAUCGCUACGGCGGGCCAAAGAGGAUGGGCGGAUCGUCUCGUGGUCGGACGAGGAGACUCAAACGACCCUUAUUCGUUACUUCGAAGUCACAUGGGACGCGGUAAGGAAACACGAGUAUGCUGACAACCAGGAAAUUUUGUCUCGUAUUUGAGUGUAUACUUCAAUUAACAUUCGUGUUAGUCGUCCUGACUUUGUACUUGGAACGUUGAUACUGG